AGUCAGAGUCACUCUUGUGACCUCAUAGAUGACCCUGUAACCCCCUUUUCAGACCAUGCCAGGGCUGCCUUUUCAGACCACGCCAGGGCUGCCUAAGCUAAGGUCAAGAAGACAGCUGAACCAUCAUCUGUCUGGAAGCCAUGGGAAGUCUAGUCUGUGACGAGAUUGAGGCAGCCAUCAAGAUCCAAGCCUGGUGGAGGGGCCUGCUGGUGCGACGGGCGUUGCUGCACGCAGCCCUCCGUGCCCGGAUCAUUCAGUGCUGGUGGCGGGCUGUGCUGGCCCAGGCACUGGACAAACGACGGCGGACGAUGCUGCUGCUCUACUCGCGGCAGGAGAGCGCCGUGGUCAAGCUGCAGGCUCGGGUGCGCAUGUGGCGUAUUCGCCGCUGCUUCUGUCGGGCGCGGGCUGCAGCCUGCAUCAUCCAGGCGUACUGGCGCUGGUACGCCAGACGAAACCGAAAACCAGAAAGCGACCACACGACGGCAGAGCAUUUGGAAAUCGAUAUAAAAAUUCUGGUUUAAAAAUUCUGGAGCCCUAGAGGCUGCGGUAGCUGCGGAGGGACCGCGCGAACUCUACCUCUUUCAAUAAAGAGUAUGGACUGGACUAAUCUGGUCUAAUCUG